AUGACUAUCGUACAUAUUGUGUUGUUCGAGUGGAAGCCGACGACGACUCAUGCUCAAGUGGAAGAGGCAUGCAGCCGUAUGCUUUCUUUGAAAGACAAAUGCUUGAGCACGAACUCCCAAAAACCGUACAUCAAGUCAUUCUCUGGCGGGAGAAAUAACAGCACAGAGGGUCAUGCAGGCCCCUUCACCCAUGGCUUCGUGGUAGAGUUUGAAAGCGAAGAAGACCGAGACUACUACGUGGAAAAGGACCCUGCCCACCAGGACUUCGUCAAAUUUGCCGGAGAGCACAUACAAAACGUGAAGGUAUUUGACUACCAGCCUGGGAAGCUGUAG